GUAGUUUUGUAAUAUUAUGUUUAGUAGCGCCGAUGCAUAAAGUGACACGAAGUGUAACAGGAAUUUAACUUUUAGUCUUACGUGACUUAUUAUUGUAUAGUGGCAUACAAGAAACUGUUGAUUUGUCAGCCAUAGUUAUGCAUAAGUAGGCACAACGUUGAUUUGUACACAGAGGGAAAUGAUGAACUUCGAACUGUAACAAAUGGGCUUGGACCUCAAGAUACAAAUGAAAAUGAACACAGAAUGGCUGUAGACCCUGCAGUUUCAGCACUGACUCCAAAUUUUCUUGCUGCUGUUUAUGGCAUGGGAGAACGGCAGUAUCAGGAAAAAUUGAAAAGAAUGAGGCAUCAGCAUGAAAUUGAAAAUCAGCUGUUAAUGGCGCAGUUCAACUACCAAACAAGCAAUUUGCAACAUCAACAUCAAUUGCAACAACACUUGAAUCAUGUUAUCUCGAAGCAAAGGGAACGUGUUGCUGAACAGAUGGCAGCACUUGACCAAAGAAGUGAACUGAUUAAUUCUGUUCGGAACAAAGAGAAAAACAGAGAAAGUGCUGUUGCAUCAAAUGCUGUCAAGCAGCAUCUACAAAAGUUUGUAAAAUGCCGACAAAAAUUCAAAGAUUCACACCCUAGUAUGGAGAGGUCUCCAUUGCAAUGGACACCAUCUUUAGAAGGAAAAAAUGGAGGUCAUGAAGUACCAGCACAUUAUUCCUCAUUAUUACACACACAAUAUGACUUUCCACUAAGGAAAACAGCUUCGGAACCAAACCUCAAGUUGAAGUCGCGUUUAAAACAGAAGUUGUUGGAGGACAGAGUUGAAAGGUCGUCACCACUCAUGCCACGUCGCGGAGAUAUUAAGGCAGAUCUUGCAAAUCGAAUCAAGAAAAAAAUAAAUAUAGAAAAUGUUAACGAACAAAGGAAUUCACACAACAGCGCUCCAAACUCUGGACCAAGUUCCCCUCCUAAUUCAUCAAAUGACAUCAAACAAUCAACACCACACAUGCAAACAGAGACUGAUUAUUAUGAAGAAUCAAAUUCAUCUGGAAACCAUGACCUUUAUUCGUCGCCCUCUCUUCCAAAUAUUUCUAUUGGACUUACAAAUAAAAAAUCAACUGAUCGUAGCAUGCUUGUUGUGUCAGAGGAGUUAAGCAAGCGAGGAACCCGAGGAUCCUCACUUUCCGAUCCGAUGAUUCAAAGUGAUAAACCAUUAUUUCAGAGCCAUGCAAAGCUACAUGAGAUUGAUCUAACACAAGCAGUGCAAGCUAACCUGCUGCCUCCACAUAAGACAGUGCUACAUGCCCAAGCAUCCACCCCACCAGGACCAAUACGUCACUCACAAACCACACGUCAACAUAAAGCGUUGAGUCGGACACAAUCAGCACCUACUGCUGCAUCGCAGUUGCAACUACAUAUUUUACAGCGACGUCAAAAAAUGCUACAGCAGCAGCAGAAGAAAGGUUUAAUGCACGGUGUGGCUGAGGUUGAUUCACAUUCUUAUUCAAUCCUCCCCACCCACCUUGAAACAGAGGAUGGGGAACAAUGGGUGAAACGGAAUCAAUACAGUCAUGCGCAGUCAACACCAAACCAACCUUUCAUUCCAAGUAACAAGAUUGCUUCUACCCAAGCACAAUUGGUAGCAAGCAAACCUGAAAUCCCAGAUUCAAUGCUACCUAUGUUUAUCAACAAACAUUCUGGUAGAUUUGGGUUUCUUACUUGUCCAGCAGUUGCACGAGUUGCCAUAGAGGAAGGUGGAAUCGCCGGUACGCGACAUCUGCCACCACAAUCCACCAUACCCAUUCACAGCCAACCAUCAUCACUUAGUGAUCAGAAUAAACCACGUCUUCUGCGAACACAGAGUUCACCAGCAACAUCAUUUAUUAAGAAGUUACCUCAUUUUAAGAAAUACAGAUACACCACGGGCAUAGCUUAUAGUCCAGUGAUGUUAAAGCACGGAUGUGCCUGUCGUGACGACCACACAGAACACGCAGGUCGACUGCGUGCAAUUUGGGAGCGACUAACAAAAUCGAAGCUGGUUAACGACCCAAGUUGUGGUGGUACAUCAGGAAAAUCUUCGUGUGAGUUACUGGAAGCAAGGAAAGCGACCACGGAUGAGUUACAACUGGUGCAUACACAGGAACAUACAUUGCGGUAUGGGACAACUUCACUUGCGAGGAAAGAACUAGAAUUGACAAGCAAGUUCAUAGUUCUCCCAUGUGGUGGUGUGGGCGUGGAUAAUGGAAUUGACAUCGAUACUGUGUGGAAUGAACUUGAUACCAUCAAUGCAGCACGAAUGGCUGUUGGUUGUACGGUAGACAUCACAUUAGAAGUUGCACAGAAUCGAUUGAAGAAUGGAUUUGCUCUCGUUCGACCACCAGGACAUCAUGCUCAGAAAGAUCUUGCAAUGGCUUUCUGUUACUUUAACUCAGUAGCAGUGGCUGCAAGGAAAUUACAACAUGAAUGUCCAGAUACAGUGAGACGUGUGCUUAUAGUGGAUUGGGAUGUACAUCAUUGUAAUGGAACUCAGAAUAUUUUCUUUGAUGAUCCAUCAGUGCUUGUUAUAUCCAUACAUAGAUAUGAUUCUGGGAACUUUUUUCCUGGAACUGGAGCCAUUAAUGAGUGUGGGCGUGGAGGAGGGCUUGGGUAUAAUGUGAACAUAGGGUUCAGUGGUGGGCUUGAUCCUCCCAUGGAAGAUGCCGAUUACUUGGCUGUUUUUCGCACAAUUGUUCUUCCCAUUGCCCGUCAGUUUGAUCCUCACUUUGUCCUCGUGUCGUGCGGGUUCUCGGCAGCCAACGGACAUCCUUCAACACUAGGUGGCUACAAGCUGACCCCCAAUUGUUACGGGUUGCUGACAAGAUUAUUAUCUGAGGUAGCAGGUGGGAAGAUAGUGUUGGUGUUGGAGGGGGGGUUUGAACUUGAACCCUUGUGUGAUUGCACGGAAGCUUGUGUUCGAACAUUGCUUGGCAACCAUGAGUAUUCUAAUUUAUCCAUGGAAAGCAUGGAGAGAAGGCCAUCUAAAAAUGCAAUUGAUACCAUUAAAAAUGUCAUCACUAUACAAGAAAAACACUGGAAAGGAUUAGAUUUAUCAUCUGUUGAUAUGAGUCAUCUCGAGUGGUUGAGAGUUUCAAGAGAAAAUGAAACUUGUGUUGCUAUGGCUUCACUUAGUGUGGAAAAUAAAUCUGGAAACGAACCCAACACUAUAUCAGAACCCGAAGCACACCAACAACCUGUGGAUUUGUCAAAUAACAAAUCUACUUAUCAGCAACCUCAUCAGUCCGCUGAUGUGUAUUUUUAUGAAAACUGUGGUGGAUCCAUGAGUGCAGAUUCCUCACCAUUAGAUGUGGUUGGUUUGUCCACACCUUCAUCACCUGCAACUAAACAAUCAGAUACCAUGGAUACAAUGAACCAAACAUCUACGACCGAGUCUCAACCCAUGGCUGGUGUAUGACUAUUUAAUGGAUAGACAUGAAAGAAUGAAACUUCAAGCGAAUCUUGGAACGAGCGUUUGUUGUUUACAAUCUCAUUCGUCACGCUUUAUGUGCAAUCUGUUCGCAUGUCACUAUUCGAAAUGAAGUUGCAAUGCUUAAUCAACAUUGAAAAAAAGUGAUGGUGAUCAUUAUUCAUGGUAGGAUUACUGAAGAGUGGACACACUGUGUAAAGAGAGUAUCUGAUUCAACAUCUAUUGUCACAUAGAUGCGCUAUAUGUGUCAAAUCAUGAUUGUACAGCAGACCUCAAUUUGUAGUGUCCACGAUGACUGAAUAUCCUCUCACCCCACACUCUAUUGGUACGGUGCUGGGAAACAGAUGUAAUUUUAGCAAACCAGAUGUAGUACUCCAACCCAUCAUUAGUGCUGCCAGGAUAUUCAAACUUGCUGUAAUAUUGCACAUAUUUCAUGCUUUGAAGACUUUUUCUGCAUCUUUUUACCCGGUCACCACAAGGCAAGUUUCAGCUUUUUAUUUUUUAUACUUGCUCGGCAAAAUGUUUUAAAUCCUGUGCCACUUUUUGGCAAACUAUUUCUCGCUGCUUAGUAUUAAAAAUGUGUUACGUGUAUUUACGUAGGAAUCGCUUCAUUCUUAUCAUGGUUGCCAACAUUAUUAAGCUGCCCAACUUGCAGCUUUGCGUAUUUACUUUGGAGUAAGUAUUUUUCUACUACGAAAAUAUUACUACAGUACAUACAUCUGAACAAUGCUUUAACAACAAACACAUCUAAUUUCUAUCAUUAAGUUUUUAAUACUGGUUUAAACUGGUUCGAAAUCCAUUCGAUUCAACAUAAUAUUACUGUUUAAUUGGAUCCUCUAAUCAUAACAAAAUUUAAAAUAUAGUAGCAAAUUAAUUGUCUAUUUGUUUGAACUGCACAAAGAAGCUUUGAACACAUCAUUCCAUCACAUUCCUUGUUUACAUAAUUUAAUUUUGACUGUUCCAUUUUCUUGAUCAUUGUUGCAUAAGAUUUUUAUUAAGUGACCCUGUGCUGUGUAUAUAUCCAUAUAUAUGAUGUCCUGAAAAGCGCCCCUGCUGGUUACAUCCGUUAAAAACUGUUUAUGACGAAUAAACGAAAAAGAUUUUUGAUACACAA